UUUAGUCUUACCCACUUAAUUAAAAAAUCCUUGUCAUCAUCAUCAAGAUCACACUCUUUUGUUCGAUACAAUCGAUGCACAAAAUCUCCAUAUCUAACAUUUCUGCACUCAAACUGCAUUCAUAAUCACCAACAAUCAACCAACCAGACAAUCACUUUCUCUCUCAUACUCUUCAAUGGCGGCGUCUUCUCAAGCAAUCCUCCAUGGCUCAUCCUCCGUCCACCACACCAUCCUUUCUCAUUCCUCUUCUCCCAAAUCUGAAUCUCUCAGCUCCUUCAAACUCCUACCUAACAAGCUCCGCCACCACCACCGGAAUACUCUUAGUCACGGUGUUUCCCGCCGUAGCGUCGCUCAUAUCUCCGCCGCCAGGAGGUCUGCUCACCUUGAGCUUCUGCCUGUGUCCCCUGACGAUGAUACCCAGGUAGAGGAGCAAUUUGAAUACCUAAGUGGAACCCAUCUUCUUGGGGAAGCAGCCAACGGGGGUUGGUCUAAGCCAAUUGUUGGUCGCAAAACAAAGAUUGUUUGUACCAUUGGUCCGUCAACUGAUACUCGUGAAAUGAUAUUGAAGCUUGCUGAAGCUGGGAUGAAUGUAGCUCGAUUAAAUAUGUCCCAUGGAGACCAUACAUCUCAUAAGAAAGUCAUUGACUUGGUCAAAGAAUAUAAUGCUCAAUCCAAGGACAAUGUUAUUGCCAUCAUGCUGGAUACGAAGGGACCUGAGGUCAGGAGUGGUGAUUUACCACAGCCAAUCAACUUGGAAAGUGGUCAAGAAUUCACUUUCACAAUCAAAAGAGGAGUUGGUACAGCAGACUGUGUCAGUGUCAAUUAUGAUGAUUUUGUGAAUGAUGUUGAAGAUGGUGAUAUGCUCCUUGUUGAUGGUGGUAUGAUGUCUUUUUUGGUGAAGUCGAAGACUGAAGAUUCUGUGAAGUGUGAAGUUGUUGAUGGUGGAGAGCUUAAAUCUAGGCGACACCUCAAUGUCAGGGGAAAAAGUGCUACAUUGCCAUCUAUUACUGAAAAGGACUGGGAUGACAUCAAGUUCGGGGUAGACAACGGAGUUGACUUUUAUGCUGUCUCUUUUGUCAAAGAUGCAGCUGUUGUUCAUGAAUUGAAGAACUAUCUAAAAAGUUGUGGUGCUGAUAUCCACGUCAUUGUCAAAAUUGAGAGUGCAGACUCCAUUCCGAAUUUGCAUUCAAUUAUUACUGCAGCUGAUGGGGCUAUGGUUGCAAGAGGAGAUCUAGGUGCAGAGCUGCCUAUUGAGGAAGUUCCUCUUCUACAGGAAGAGAUAAUAAGGUUGUGCCGCAGCAUGGGAAAAACUGUGAUUGUAGCAACAAACAUGCUAGAAAGUAUGAUUGUCCACCCAACACCAACACGAGCUGAGGUGUCUGAUAUUGCUAUUGCCGUCAGAGAGGGUGCUGAUUCUGUUAUGCUUUCUGGGGAAACUGCUCACGGGAAAUUCCCCCUCAAAGCUGUUAAGGUUAUGCACACCGUUUCAUUGAGAACUGAAGCAACUUUGGUUGGUACUAUUCCUGGUGCUCAAACGUCGCACAGUCUUGGUCGAGUCUUCAAGAACCACAUGAGUGAAAUGUUUGCGUUCCAUGCUACCAUGAUGUCUAAUACUCUCGGCACCUCGAUUGUAGUCUUCACCAGAACUGGUUUUAUGGCCAUCUUGCUGAGCCAUUAUCGGCCUUCUGGAACUAUAUUUGCAUUCACAAAUGAUAAGAGAGUACAACAAAGGCUUGCACUGUACCAAGGUGUAUGUCCCCUACAUAUGAAGUUCUCCGAUGAUGCUGAGGAGACAUUUUCAAAGGCUUUAACUCUUCUGCAAAAGCAGGGAAUGGUGAAGGAAGGGGAUGAAAUUGCUAUUGUUCAAAGUGGAAAGCAGCCUAUAUGGCGAUCACCAUCAACUCACAAUAUUCAAGUGAGGAAAGUUUAGAUAUUUAGAAAAGGAGAACGCGUAAUGCUAUCAUGCUUCCUAUCUUCCUAUCUAUGAGUUUGAAGGGCGGAAAAUGAAGGAAUCUAUGGAGUUCUAGAGCGCGUUCAUUUCUAUGGCACAACUUUGUGAUGCAUAAAUGGUGAUAAAUGUUCGUGUUGUACUUGUUGUGAUCAGAUUCCUCCACUAAAUCCGUGAUGAGCGUUGUAGUGUUUGUGAUAUUUGCACGGUAGGCUUUAUCGUAGGUAGGGCUUAGUGUUAGUUUUGACUCAGUGUUAUGGGGUAGUCAACUUAGUGUUUUCUUGGCCGAGUUUUUUGGCCAUACUUCGAACGGAAUUCUUUUACUAUCUAUGAAAUCAGGAAACAAGUAUUUGCAUAAUAA